AUGAACGUUAGGAACUAUUAUGCUGAGUUAGGGCAAGAUAAAGCGCAAGCAAUUAUCGAUGAAAUCACAAAGGCGUAUGAACGAGCUGGACAAUCAGGUUUUCCACCUCAAUAUGGAUAUAUUCCUGGUAUUCCACCGCCUACGGCUCAAUCAGUUCCGGGUGCUGCACCCCCUCAAUAUGGUGGAGCUCCAAUGCCACCGAUGAUGUUAGGUCGGCCUCCUGCAGGAGCUGGCGCACCUGGCACUGUUCCCGCACCAGGACUUUCAAUACCACCACCGGGAUUAGGAUCAGCACCACCAGGAAUGGUAGCACCUGGAGUUGUAGGUCCUCCUCAGAGUAUGCCAAUGAUUAAGACUGAACCAAGUUAUCUUCCAAUGAAAAUUGUAUCUCCGGGUAUUCGACCAUCAAUAGUUUCUCCUACUAAUGCUACAUCAUUGGGUCCUGGAUCUCAAGGCAAUAUUCCUCCAGGCGGUGUUCCUGGUUCUGUGCCACCUCCUGGAAGUAUUAAUUAUCAACAAUAUCCGAUAGGGCAUCCCUCACAACAUUAUCCACCUGUUGGUGGCGGUCUUAAUGUUUCUGGCCCUUUAGCGCUCCAAUCUUCAAGAGGUGUUAAAAGACAAAUGGAAGAAUAA